AUGGUCAUGGAAGUAAUGCAAGAUGAAGUAGUACAACCACCAUUACCUGACGCUAUUGAAGUGGUGGAACUGGAACCUGUUGAAGCUGAACAAGAGGUUGAGUUAAGAGCCAUGGGUGACGGAAGCUCUACUUCCACUAUGCAGCUCAAGGGCCAGAUCUUGAGCAAAGAAGUUCACGUGCUCAUCGACUCAGGAGCUUCUCAUAACUUUGUACACCCAGCAGCUCUCAAAACUUCAAUGCACAAGGUGGUUCAAAUUAAGCCCUUGAGAGUAAGGUUGGCUAGUGGAGCAAUCAUGUAUACCAAGGGGGAGGUAAACCUAGAGAUUAAGUUACAACAGCUAACCUUGAAAGCUAAUUUCUAUGUGCUACCAGUUUCAAGAUGUGAAGUAGUAAUGGGAGCAAGCUGGUUGAAAACGCUUGGUGACAUAGUUUGGAAUUUUGAAACUAUGAUCAUGCGGUUCCAGCUACAAGGAGCGACAUACUGUCUGAAGGGAAUAAGCACACCACAAGCUUCACUUGUAAGCUGCAAGAGUAUGGCCAGGUUGUUAAAAAAAGAGAGGGAAGCAGUGUUAGUGAAAGUGCAGCCCUUAACCACUAUAGAGAAGAAGCAAGAUGUGCACCCUGACAUCCAAAACGUCAUAUCACAAUAUCCAGAUGUUUUUGCUGCCCCAAAGUCUCUACCUCCUUCAAGAGCCCAUGACCACCGAAUUGAAUUGAUUCCACACACAGCUCCAAUCAGUGUGCGUCCCUACCGGUAUCCUCAUUUCCAGAAAACAGAAAUUGAAAAGAUAGUGCAAGAAAUGCUUGAGAGUGGAGUCAUAAGACCAAGCAACAAUCCAUUCUCUUCCCCAAUGUUACUAGUUAAGAAGAAGGAUGGAACAUGGAGGCUUUGUGUGGAUUAUAGGGCUCUAAAUGCAGCUACAGUCAAAGACAAGUAUCCCAUACCGGUAGUAGAUGAGUUAAUAGAUGAAGUUCAUGGCUCAGUCAUUUUCACAAAGUUGGAUCUCAGAGCUGGUUAUCACUAG